CACGAAUAUGAUUGUCAAGCGCCACUGGUUUUUGCUCUUCUACAGCCUGUACGCCGGCUUCGGUAAAGUGGCUGGGACAAAAAGCAAAGCGAAAGGAAGCCAGGGCCAGUUCCCCAUCACGCAGAAUGUCACGGUGGUGGAGGGCACAGCAGCCAACAUGACCUGCAGAGUGGAGUACAACGACAACACCUCCCUCCAGUGGUCCAACCCGGCACAGCAGACGCUCUUCUUCGGGGACAAGAAAGCUCUUCGGGAUAACCGGAUUGAGCUGGUGCAGGCAUCCUCUCAGGAGCUGACCAUCCGAAUCAAUGAUGUCAGCCUGUCGGACGAAGGCCUGUACACCUGCUCUCUGUUCACCAUGCCUGUCAAGACCACCAAGGCCUACCUCACCGUGCUAGGGGUGCCACGGCGACCGGAGAUCACCGGCUUCACCAGACCCGCCCUGGAGGGAGAGUUAGUCACACUGACCUGCACCACAUGGGGCAGCAAACCCGCUGCCAACAUCCGCUGGUUCCGUAACGACAAGGAGGUUCAAGAUAAAAAAUACCUCAAAGAGGUUCCAGCAAACCGGAGGUCUUUCACGGUGAGGAGCAGUCUGCAGUUCCAGGUAGACCAGAGAGAUGAUAGUGUGGCCUACACCUGCAGCGUGGAGCAUGUGUCCCUGUCCAACCCAUACAUGACCACAGAGGUUCUGGAAGUCCACUAUGCGCCACAACUGGAGAUCAGAAACUCACUGAUAAUACCACAGGAAGGACAGUACUUCAAGCUGGAGUGUGUGAAUAGAGGAAACCCAAUCCCAGAGCCGAUCCUGUGGUCCAAAGAUGGCGGAGAUCUUCCAGACAUAGAUCGGAUGAUCGUGGAGGGCACAGAACUCACCUUCACCACGUUAAACAAGACGGACAACGGCACAUACCGCUGUGAGGCCAGCAAUGACCUGGGCACUGCCCGCGCAGAGUACAUCCUCUUUGUAUACGAUCCUAAUGCUUUAGGACAACACGGACCAGACCAUGCGCUAAUCGGAGGAGUUGUAGCUGUCGUGGUGUUUAUUACCUUGUGUUUGAUAAUCGUUUUGGGGCGAUAUCUAGCCAGACAUAAAGGGACGUAUCUAACACACGAGGCCAAGGGGGCGGAGGACGCUCCCGACGCAGACACGGCCAUCAUCAACGCCGAGGGCAACCACGUCCAUGCGGAGGAGAAGAAAGAGUACUUCAUUUAG